AUGAGCGCGAGCGGGACAAGCACGCCGGGAUGGGUAGGGUCGGGGUGCGAGCGCGUGGUGGUGGGAGUGGGGAAGGACCCGUGCAGCAAAGACGCGAUCCGAUGGGCCAUCGCCAACAGGCUGCGACACCCCGACGACAUGCUCAUUCUGUUGCAUGUGGUUACCAAAGUUCCCACCCAUCAGAAGGUGGAGAUGUAUCAGAGCGACGUGAACAACACAACAUUCGUGCACUACGUGCGCACAGUGGUACAGCCCAUGAUGAUCGAGCUCAAGCGCAUGGUCGACUCCAAGAUAAGGCUGGAGUUGAAGGUGGGGAGGAACAACAGCAAGGAGAGGGGCAUCGUGGACGAGUCCAGGAAGCUCAAGGCCACCACACUCGUCGUCGGCACCAACUCAAGAGGCAUCUUUGGCAUUCGCGGCCGUACGGGAGUGGGGGCGUAUUGCAUGAAGAACCGGCCUCCAACAGUGUCCGUCUACGUGGUGCUAAAGGACAAAGUCACCGCGUGCAGAGAGGCCGACUCCCUGCCCGGCUCCUCCUCCUCCGCGCCCACCAGCCCCGGUCACUUGCUUGUGGCGUCAUCAGCACCGUUCCGCCACAGCCCGUCCAUGUCCGCGCACCACCAGUCCGACCGCUCCUCCACACGCAGCUCGUCGGGGGUGCUGGAGCCCACCGACGGGCUCGGGUCUGACGAUGCAGACACGCAUCGCUCUCGCCCUUCACUCCCUCUCCCUCAACCCAAUCAUGCAGAAGAUGAUGAAGCCGCAAGAACCAAUGGCGCGCAGCCACCUGGCGCCGACUACCCCAGCAGCCCCAACGUCCACACCGCCCCACAGCCCUCCCGAGCCGGUACCUGGCCUCACGACCAUGCUGGUGCUACCCUUACCACACCCGACGGUAUAGCCGGCUUCCAAACCUACUCCCCAGGCUUGUCCGUUCCUCACGGCAUGCCAGGGGCCUCCCCGAUUCGGAAUCCUGGGGACGGGGGCGAUUUGGACUCCAUGAUGCAGAUGAGAAUGCAGCAGCUGCAGCUGCAGAACCAGCAGCAGAUGCUGCUACUGCAACAGCAGCAGCAGCUGCAGCAGCUGCAGCAGCAGCAGCAGAUGCAGCUGCAGCAGGUGCAGCAGCGGCUACAGAGAGACUAUCUAGCAGAGGUGGACGCGUGGAGGAGGGCGAACCCCCAGGCGACCCCAGAGCAGCAGCAGGCAUUCAUGGCUGACCUAGAGGCGCGUAUGGCUCAGGCCACUGCAGCCCUAGCAGGCAUGCCGCUCCAUGACGCCGCUGCCAUACUCGGUGGUAACCAGCAGGCUCGGCCCGAGCCUGGGGGCUCGCCUCAGGUUGCCGUGGCACAGGGAGUGGCUCGGGAGGCGGAUGCAGCUGCGAGGAUUGGGCAGAUGGCUGUAGACGCGGAGAGGGCGCGGGCAGCCGCGGAAGAGGGGAGGAGAGCAGCGGAAGAGGAGGUGGGGAGGCGAGAGGGGAGGGGGGAGGAGGUGGAGAAGGGGGCGGGUGGUGGAGGAGGAGCGGCGGGGGGAGGGGAACCGGUUGCGCCAGUGGUGCGGCGGGUGCAUCACUACAGGGAAUACUCGUAUGAAGAAAUCCUGGCAGCAACGGACAACUUCAGUGCGGCGCGCAAGCUGGGCGAGGGAGGGUUCGGCACUGUGUACUCGGGCACGCUGCACCACACGCCCGUGGCCGUGAAGCUGCUCAAGAGCCAGGACUCCAUUCAGGCCAUGGCGGAGUUUCAACAGGAGGUGGAGAUUCUGAGUCAGAUACAGCAUCCGCACGUGCUGAUGCUGCUGGGGUGCUGUCCCGAUCGCUACGUGCUUGUCUACGAGUACCUCGCCAACGGCUCUCUGGAGGACCGCCUCCUGCGCCUCCACUCCACGCCCCCCCUCCCCUGGUUCGUCCGCAUACGCAUUGCCGCCGAAAUCGCCUCCUCCCUCCUCAUCCUGCACACCCGCCCCGUGCCCAUCGUGCACCGCGACUUAAAGCCCGGGAACAUUCUGCUGGAUAAGAAUUUCGUCGCGAAGUUAGGGGAUGUGGGGUUGGCUAAGCUUAUGCCGGGGCUGUCUAUGGAGAAGACGUGCGACCGCGAGUCGACCCCGGUGGGGACGUUCGCAUACGUCGACCCGGAGUUCCAGAGAACCGGGGAAUUCGGCCCGAAAUCCGACGUGUACGCGUUCGGCAUCGUCCUACUCGACCUCCUCACAGGCCGCACACCCGCUCUGUACGAAGCCUUGGAAAUCGCAGUGGAGAGUAACCGGAACGACGAGCUGAUGCGGUUCCUGGAUGCGGGAGCCGGCACGUGGCCGCAGGGCAUGGCAAUGGAGAUAGCCAAGCUGGCGAUUCAGUGCAGCGAGAUGAAGAGGCGCAAGCGGCCGGACCUUGAGACGGAGGUGAUGCCGAUUCUGGACAGGAUGCGGAGCGUGGCGAUCAAGGCGGAGGAGGAUGCGAAGAAGGCGUCGCUGGUCCGGCCCGUGGCUGCUGCUCCUCCCUGCCUCUUCUGCCCCAUCACUCAGGAGCUGAUGGUGAAUCCAGUGAUAGCAGCAGACGGCCACACUUACGAGCUGGUGGCGAUACAGCAGUGGCUGGAGAAGAGCGAUCGCUCGCCCAUGACCAACGUGCGCCUGCCCUCCAAGGCCCUCGUGCCCAACCGCGCUCUCAAAUCCAUGAUCCUCGACUGGCGCGAGACGGGAGGGUCGGGGUAA